GUGUCAAUGGCACCGUGGCGUAAACUAUCCGUAGGCCAGCCUACUGGGCUGCAAUUCCAGUGGAUUGUGAUAAGUUUUGUAGUGUUACUCAGUUUUGCAAAUCGUUCUAACGGAUACUUCUACAAUGGUGAUGAUGAAGAAGCUAGCAAUGAUCGGUUUUGUUUUUGUCAGCUGAAAGGAACAAUCGAUGAUUGUAGCUGCAACGUGGACACCGUCGAUUAUUACAACAAUGUAAAAAUCUAUCCCAGAAUAAAAAGUCUGCUAGUAAAGGAUUUUUUCCGUUACUAUAAGGUGCACCUGAAUAAAGAUUGCCCGUUCUGGGUUGACGACAGCAAGUGUGCAAUGAGGUUCUGCCAUGUGGAGCACUGCGAAGAGAAAGAUAUCCCACCUGGACUUAAGGGCGACGCUUCGUCAUAUCACAAGUACAUAAAAGAGGUGCAAACUUUGACGAACUGUAACGAGGACUUAGAUGUGGAGCUAGGCUACCUCAACACUAGUAUCAGUGAUAAAGCACACAAAGAAUUCCAGAGGUGGGCGGACUAUGACGAAGCGCAAGAUAAUUUUUGCAUUCUGGAUGACCAUGAGCCUGGUGCUGAAUACGUGGAUCUCUUGCUGAACCCAGAACGAUAUACUGGCUACCGCGGAGAAUCUGCGCGUCGAAUUUGGAGUAGCAUUUAUUUGGAAAAUUGCUUCCAAGCUCACUCGAUAAAAAAGAAAAAUGCUUAUUCCGCACUAAUCCCGUACCAGGACAUGGCCCGUAACGAAGUUUGCUUGGAGCACCGGGUGUUUUAUCGUAUGAUCUCGGGGUUGCAUUCGAGUAUCAAUAUUCAUCUUUGUGCUAACUAUCUACUAUCGGAGAAAAGCUCCUUGGGAUUUGUGGCUCCGGCUGGUGUGUGGGGUCCAAAUAUGGAAGAAUUUGAACGACGCUUCAGCCCCCAUAUGACCGACAACGAGGGGUCUCACUGGCUAAGAAACUUGUACUUUGCUUAUCUGGUGGAGCUUCGAGCUUUAGCAAAAGCGGCUCCAUACUUAAGAAACGAAGAAUAUUUCACUGGUCUUGAAAAAGACGAUCGAGAGGUGAAAACGGCAGUCAAAGACUUACUAACCGUAAUAGAAGGUUUUCCGGCCCAUUUCAACGAAACGGCAAUGUUCAGCGGAGGAACGUCGGCAAUAAAGCUAAAGCACGAGUUUCGAGAGAAAUUUAUGAACAUCUCUAAGAUCAUGGAUUGUGUCGGGUGCGAUAAAUGUCGAUUAUGGGGAAAAUUACAGGUCCAAGGUAUGGGAACGGCACUGAAAAUACUGUUUUCUGGAAAGUUCGACGAAAAAGUCAACAGUGGUUUUGGAACAAAAUUGAAGCAACAAUCACCAUUGCUUAGGCUAAAACGCGGUGAAAUUGUAGCACUGUUGAAUGCAUUUGGAAGGCUUUCAACCAGUAUUCACGAGUUGGAGGAAUUUCGACAAAGGAUGCGAUGAUCACAAGUCUGUUCAUCGUUUACCAAACCCGAAAAAGACUAAAUCCGCCGUACUGGUGCAACGACUUUGUGAUUAUAAAUCUGGCUUUUAGAUCCAAACCAACACAGUGAUUUCCGGUGGUUCGUUUACGAUAAGACUUAUGGACUGUAAUGGUUAUUGUUGGCAGCAUGAAUCGAUUGUUUAUUGUUUUAAUGUGUGUUUUAAUUUGGCAGUAAAACUCAUUCUCGACUGGUUGCUCGAGUACGAAAUGUGUACCGAUCUUGCAGAUCACAAAGAUAUUUACAAAGUAGCUGUGUACUGCCGAAAACUAUCGAACGAGAUUGUACAGUUGUUCUAGAUGUGUAUAUGCACCAAAAUCCGAAGGUGCUACAUUACGGAUAAUCCGUAUGUUUCCUACUAAUUUAUACCACUUA